AUGGCAGAAGCCGCCGACACUACUACCGGGAAUGUCAAUCCUGACAAGCCAUUUGAUGUCUUUGAGAACGACGUAGAGGGCGAGAAAGGCGAAGGUGUGAAAGGCGAAGGAGCUGAGGAAGGCGCGGACAAGAAUGGAAAUGACAAGACAGCCGCCAAUGGUGGAAAACGUGGUGGGACCGUGUGGGUGCAAGUACUGGUGGGAAGCGAGAAGAUUGGACAACCCUCCGAGUUUCCGACGCCUCAUAAUGUGGACGCCUUGAAGAGAAAAGUAAAGGAGGAUUACGCCGAGCUCAAAGACAUGUCACCGGCUCGUUUUCAAGUUUUCCAUUCCUCCGUUACCAGGGAGGGUUGUGCUACACCCUUGGCGGCCAACUCCUUUGUCCCGCUCAUGGCUGUAUAUGACGAUCCCAUCAAGGUGGUAGCACCCGUACCAAAAAUACCAAGAUAUGCCGCUGCUCCUGCUCCUAUGCCUGCCACUACCACAACAGGCUUCCCCGAGCCACCCAUAAAACGGGGGCGCGGUCGUCCUUCUCGCAAAAGCACUCUUAGUGUGGAACAAUACAAGGCCGCCAUGAUGGCACAGGCUUCCGGACAAUCUCCCACAAACGGUGCCACCCUGUCUCCUGCUACGGCAACCCCGACAUACGCCGCGGUAGCCGCAGGCACUCAGCAUGUCCCCAACCGCAAACGACCAUUGGAGGAUUAUGAAUGGCACACGACCACCGGAGAGGAACAUGACGCCAUGAAAAUGCGCACGGGCACGUCCCGACGGUGCACUAUCUGCAUGAGGAGAACCGUUUACGAAUGCACCCACGAAGACUGUCAAGCGCGGAUCAAAUCAUGUGGAAUGGGCAAGGAACUGUACGGGUUCCCCAUCUGUGGAAGAUCAUCUGCGGUGCGGGUGGACACGGAAAAAUACGGUCCGUACAAUACCAAGACAUGUUUGCAGAUACAUACGGAAAAACAGGUGGGGCGUGUACACUACUGA